AUGUCAAGUUUGAAGCCAAUGACAGAGCCAGAAAAAGAUGAGCAUGGGAGCAGGAUAAUUACGGUACGGUUUAUUAAAAGCCUGUGUGAGCAGCAAGGGUUUUUUGAUACCCCCAGAUUAAAUAAAAGACUUUUUUUGCAUUUUCAGGGGUUUGUUGAUAUUCGAAACUUAGAUGAGUACACCAAUUUAAGAGCUUUAUGGCUUGAAAAUAACUGGAUUCGGAAGAUUGAAGGACUAAACGCUUUGGUUAACUUACGCUGCCUUUAUUUACAGAAUAAUCAACUAGAGAAACUUGAAAAUCUCGAUUCGCUGACUGAGUUGGUGAAUUUUAAUGUCUCUUAUAACAGAAUUUCCAAAAUUGAGGGCUUGGAAAGGCUGGUUUCACUUGAAGAUUUACAUAUUUCGCAUAAUAAAAUCACAAGCUCAGAAAGUCUGUAUGGACUGGCCGAUGUUCCGUCAUUGAUGACCUUAGAUAUUAGCAGCAAUGAGCUUGAAGACAACGUGCAUGUAUUACCAGUGCUUGAAUCUCUGCCAAAUUUGGCUUGCUUGUAUGUAAAAGAAAUCGAGUGGAUUAGGGGCAUUGAAAAUUAUAGGAAGAUUUUGAUUGUAAAGUUAAAAAAUUUGAAUUAUUUGAAUGAAAGGCCUAUUUCUGAAAGGGAAAGGCUGAAUUCAGAGACGUGGUGGGCAAGCCAAAGCUCGAAAAGUUUAGAGGAAUUGUGAUCGAGAAAAAUUGAAGAUGUGACUGUAGAAGUGGCUGAAGAGGAAAAAGGAGAGGAAAAUGAUCAUGAGCAGAGUUCUGACUCUGAAGUUAAGUUUGAGAAAUUACCGAUUUCAGAGCUGAGUAUUGAGGAACUGGAGCAGCUGCUUGUAACCCAUUUUUUUAACUUUGAAAAAGUUCAUAGUAUAUUAUCUUCAAAAUUCAAGUGCUCUCCAGAAUCAAUAAGGCUCAAAUGAAGUGCAUAUGAGCUUGAAAUAAGAGGAAAUUCUCCUGUAUCAUUGUAA